AAAACUGAAAAAGGCCAAUGUAAAUCGACAAAUCAUCUCGAUGAUGUUUUGAAGCUUACUGAAAAUGGAAAACAUCAAGUUCAACAAAUACGUGCUAAUGAAGGAAGUGAUCUUCAAGUUUGGCGAUGGGUCUGGUUUUGUUCUAGUGAAGGUGGUUGUCAGAGAUCUUGUUGUGGGAUUGGUAAAUAUGUAGAAACAUGUAAUCACUAUGCAAAUGAACAUAACAGUAAGAAUCCUCUUGAUAUGCACAAGUGUGAUGUACGAGUUAUUACUGAGGUUAUGCUUUCUGAAGUUGAUACCGAUUUUCCAGUGCAUAUGAUUAUUAAAGGAAACCAUGUUCAACAAAAUAUUAUCCAAGAAAAAACUGUGUCGUCUCGAAUUAAUUUAAGUUGA